AUGUCUCUCCCAACUACCAUCCUCGUACUCGGCGGUGCCGGCGCCCAAACUUCCUUCGUUGUCCGCGAGCUUGCCAAAUCAGAGGCGUGGAAGGUUCGACUACUUACGCGCAACCCUCAGGCCGAAGAGGCUGCUUCACUCGCAACCCUGCCGAGAGUACAGAUCAUCGAGGGGGAUUGUUACGAUGAGAGCACCCUCUUCUCCGCUUUCAGGGGCAUUGACGCUUGUUUUGUGAACACCAAUGGCUUUGCUAUUGGUGAAAAGAGCGAAAUCUUUUGGGGCAUCCGCAUGUAUGAAAUUGCGCAUUGGGCGGGUGUGAAACAUUUCAUUUAUAGCGCUCUGCCAUUUGUAUCGAAAAAGGGAAACUUUGACCCAAAGUAUCGCGUUCCCUUCGUGGAUGGAAAGGCCAAAGUCGUGGAGUUCCUCCGAGCCCAAACAACUGACCAAAUGAUCUGGAGCGUUCUCGAGAGUGGACCCUAUGCCGAACAUUUCCUUCUCAAUCAAUUUGUUCCCAAGGAAGACUCGACCGGAGAAUUUGUCUUCAGAAUACCUAUCGGGCCCAGCGGCUCCAUGCCCCUAGUCUCCUUGAGUGACCUUGCAUGGUUUGCACGUUAUAUGUUCGAGAACCCUAGCGAAUUCAAGGCUGAAUUGCUCAGUGUUGGUAUCGAGCAUGCUACAGGCCAGAGAAUUGCUGGUGCGUUCUCCGCGGUGACGGGCAAAAAGGCACGCUAUGAACCGCUGCCAGUUGAGGAGCUCAAAUCUCAAUUGUCGCAAAGCACCAAGAUCGGUUUGGCGGGUUCACCUGGAUAUGAUGACCCAACUCUGAAGACGGUUCAGGAGAUGUUCCUUCCCUGGUGGGGCAUUUGGACGGAGAGCCAUGGAAAUAUUGGGCUCUGGACGAGGGAUUAUGGCCGCCUAGAUCGCAUCAAACCGGGUCGUCUGAGAACCGUGGAGCAGUGGAUGAGCUCUGUCGGCUAUCAUGAAAAUAUGGAACCGCAGAACGUGCUCAAAUCUGGGUCUAGAACGUCCUCCAGGUUCGAGGAGUGA